AUGGCUUGGGAAGCUGUCGUAGCAGGAGACAGUCAAUUUCUGCAAAAGCUUUCGAACGAAAAUAAGGAAUUCUUCUGCAUUGGAACGCUGACCGAUAGAAGAUACUGUACCAUCUUACACCAUGCCGUGAUGAGCGAAAAUCUGGAUGUGGUCAAAUGGGUGGUCGAGCAUUGCAAGCCAAACAUGGCAGCUCAAAAUGAGGACGGUUUGACGCCAUUAAUGCUUGCCUGUGAACAAUUGGCUGCUGUUGAGUUGAUCAUCUAUCUGUAUCAGCAAGAACUGAAGGAUGAGGCGUGUAUGGAAGCGUACGACUACAUUUCGCCACUGUACUACGCCGUGUAUCAGGACCGUCUAGAUCUAGCGCAGCAGCUUAUUGCAAACGGGGUAAAGGUGGACGAUCUGUUGCUUAGAGAUCCCUCCUCGCCACUGUCGAUUGUUGCUACGGUUACGUGCAAUACGGAAAUGUUGCAAUGUCUGCUGGAUGCUGCUAACGUGCAAGAGACAUUUGCCGCCGGUAAAGAUGAUGGUGGUCCAACGAUGCUGGAUGUGUUUGCCGAGAGUGCCGUCUGUUCGGCAGAGCAGAAAGUGGCCUGUUUUAAAAUAUUGUACAACCUUGUAUAUCCGGUUCCGGCACACGUGGGCACCGAACGGAUACGCUACCAGGUCGAGGACAUACUGAAGCUAGCCCUGCUGAGCGUUCAGUCUGAGUCUUUAAUUCCGCACUUUAUCGAAACCGAACGCAAAUGGGAAAUGCGGGAAGACAUUCGCUCACUGUACGAACGGUUGAUACCGAAAUACGAGAUGCUGGCAAUGUUUGUGCUGUGUGAAUGUGGACCAGUAUCGAUGGAUAGGGUAGAAGUGCUUGGUAGCAUACUCCGAAGUCCUUCGAUUCGAGAUUUGCUGGUUUCGGGGGCAGGUGUUGAUCUGCUAGAGAUGUACAUAAGCAGUAUCCUGCCGGAUGAACAAUACUCCACCCCAGAUGCCCAACAAUUGUUGGAAGAUUUCGCAUCCUUUGCAAAGCGAAUCAAGCUGGAAUGUUUGCGAAAUGCGAUACAAACGGCUGUAUCGGAAGCUCUGGUGGCCUACCGUCUAACGAAGGAUAAACCGCUAAUGAGUACCAGGGAACAGUUCGCCGCCUAUCAGCCUAUCAUCGACUGUAUGGUAAGCAUGUGCAGCAACAAUACGGUGGAUGCCAUAGCAGAGCGCUUACUCAGCAAUGAAUCACUUCUCACCAGACCGGAUCUGGUCUUCCCUUUGCUGAAGCACUGCUGCUCGCUGCUUACCGUGCGGGACAGUAUGGAGACGAAUCAGCCGACACGAUUGUUUCAAUUUUUUAUUCAUCUGUUCGGCACUUGGAAAGCGGUCGAGUGCUUCAGUACGCCCCGGCUAUCCGUGUUUAGCCUCAAACGCUUGGCACGGGAUACGGUGCGUGAAGCCGUCUGGUAUGGGAUGGAUGCAAUGCAAACGACCCAAAGAAGUAGUCCCUUCUUUGACCGCCUGCAGUCGCUCGAUAUCCCCAACGAAAUGAAGGGCUACCUGCGGUAUAGUGAUUAUACUUCCGUGAAUUACUUCCUUUGCCAUCUGCAUGAAACUAUAGAUUAUUUGCGCGAAACCAGAAGACUUGACUAG